AUGGCUUACGUUCAUCGCUUCGUCGGGAACCUCAAAUGCAAACUACACGGGCAGGCGAAAAUUACUGGAUAUCUCACUCAAGAGGAAUUACUCCAGGCAGAGACGACAUUGAUUAGGAUAGCACAACAGCAAGCAUAUCCCGAUGAAGUAAUGGUACUCUCACGCGGUAACAAUCAUCCAAGAUCCACAAAGGAAGGAUUAGCUAAAAGUAGCGUUUUGUAUUCGCUAACACCAUUCAUGGAUGACAUCGGUAUUAUGCGCGUUGAUGGACGAAUAAGAGCGGCGAAACACAUAUACUUCGAAAUCAAAUUUCCGAUUAUACUUCCCAAGCAACACAAUAUAACAGCUCUCCUUGUAGACGCGUACCACCGAAAGUUUCAGCAUGCUAAUUCGGAGACGGUAGUGAACGAGAUGCGACAGAGAUAUCACGUGUCCUGCCUACGAGCAGUUGUCCGGAAGAUUGGCAACGUAUGUCAAUUCUGCAAAAUACAAAAGGCAGUACCUCGUAUUCCACGGAUGGCGGAGCUUCCUCCAGCACGAUUAGCUUCGUUCACUCGACCAUUCACCUUCGUCGGUUUGGAUUUAUUCGGGCCCUUGCAAGUGAAGGUAGGGCGUAGCAACGCCAAGAGGUGGGUAGCACUUUUUACCUGUUUAACCAUCAGAGCGGUACAUUGCGAAGUGGUGUACAGCUUGUCUACCGAUGCCUGCAUGAAGAGUAUUCGUCGUUUCGUCUGUCGUAGAGGUGCCCCUUCAGAAAUCUACUCCGAUAACGGCACUAAUUUCCGUGGAGCAGAACGGGUGUUAGUGAAGCAGAUUCAGCAAGGACUAGCAGCUACAGUAACGAGUACAACAACAAAAUUCAUUCCUCCUUCGUCUCCUCAUAUGGGCGGGGCAUGGGAGCGCAUGGUGCGCUCGGUAAAACAGGCAAUGAUGGGAGCAUACAAUAGUGAUCGAAAACUAAACGACGAGUCGCUGAACACGUUAAUUAUCGAAGCGGAGGCCAUCGUUAACAGCAGGCCUCUUACUUAUUUACCACUCGAUGCAGAAGAAGAUGAGGCGCUGUCACCCAACCACUUUCUUUUGGGAAGCUCGAAUGGCAUACGUCAACCUGUAGCAGAGCCAAUGGGAAGUUCAGAAGCUGUGAAGAAUUCCUGGAACAUGAUACAGCAUCAGCUGGAUAGCUUCUGGAGACGUUGGAUUCGGGAAAUGCUACCGGUGCUAACAAAGCGAACGAAGUGGUUUGGCGAAGAGAAGAUGAUGGAAACUGGAGACUUGGUGCUCAUAGUUGAAGAUAACAAGCGGAAUGAUUGGACCAGAGGAAGAGUGACCGAAGUAAUUCCUGGAGGCGAUGGCCGUGUCCGGCAAGCAAUUGUAAAAACUGCGAGGGGAUUGCUCCGCCGACCGGCGUCAAAACUAGCAAUAUUAGAGGUUGUAGGAGGUAAAACUGGGACUGGUGGCCAGUGUUACGAGGGGGAGGAUGUUGCUGCCAACACUUCCAUGCGGCGUUAA